AUGAAUUGUAAGAAGAAAAUACGCAUGUUUUGUGGUAUGUACCAUUUAGAGGGUCAACCGUUAUGGAUUGAAUUUGUCUCCGAAAAGUUUCAGGGAAAACCAAAAUGGCUGAUAGCUCUAUUAGCUAGGUAUUCUAGCUAUGACUUUGAAUAUUUUUUCAGAAAAAUAUAUCAGUUGGUAUACCAAUUGAAAUGUGAUAGAGGUCACGCUAACUGGAACUUUUAUUUAGCCUGUCAUAGUCUGGUUUUCGAUAAUGUUUCAGGGCCCAGAUAUUUUAAUAAUCUAGCUUCUAAAACUGUUACAUCUAAACGUUUACAUUACGAGGACCUGGAAUUGAAGAACGUUCAGAUAGGAGAUAAUUAUUGGCACAAUCUAACGUUCAGAAUUUUCCUCAACUCAUGUGAUCGUUCUAAUUUAAAAGUUUUAGAAUAUUUAGAUUUAAAUAAAAAUCUAGGUCCUGAAACAAAAUAUCAGAAAAAUAUUUUGUUCCAGUUAGGUAUUGAAAUUGAUAUGACAAAAGUUAGGAAAUUAUAUGUCGAUCGAAAAAAUACUUUCGGAGAUAAAUAUAGACCAUACCACGUUCAUGAGGAGGAGACUUGGUGA